AUGACAUUUCUAGAAGUAGCUAUUCCAUCCCUUGAACAAAAACAAGUUAAUUUACAUUCUUUGUUGAAUCACAAGCGAACGAAAAGAGGUAUCUUUAAUGGAGGAGGUACUAUCUUGAAAUGGAUUCUCGGCGUUGCCGAUAGUGAUGAUUUAGAUAGCAUUCACGAAGCUAUUGACCACGUAGAAAAAGACGAUGAUGAUGUUCUAAAUCUUAUGCAAGAACAAAUUCAUGUCAUUCGCACGACGAUGGGCAAUUUUGGCGAAUCAAUCGCAAGUCUAAAAGUCCAUGAAUCGACUCUUAACGCUAAUAUCGAUCAAUUAAAUGAUUUUCUUGCCAAUGAUAGCAUGUACAAGCAAAGGAAUGACAUAUCAAUCAAGCUACUUUCUUAUUUAAAUUCUGUUACUUAUUUGGUUAAUGAACUAAAUGAACAGUUGGAUGUCGUUGUAGAUGCAAUUUUAUUUGCAAAGUCGAACGCUAUCCAUCCUAAAAUCAUAUCACCUACGAAAUUCAUAGAUGAACUUAAUUCAAAAACUAAAUCUUUAGAAAAUGGUAAAACUUUCCCUUUACCAUUAGAAUCGUAUUAUGCAUUUAAACUUUUGGAAAUAUCAAAGAUUUCGUGUUCAUAUUACAAAGAACGCUUGGUGUUCAUUAUCGAAACACCUAUCUGUGAUUCAAUAAUAUUUAACCUUUAUAGAUCACUACCAUUACCUGUCAUAAAUCCUGAAUCAAAAUCCUAUCUCUACAUCGAACCUUCAUUUCCUUUUAUCCUCUUAUCCAACAACAAAAUGCAAUACAAACAACUGAAGGAUCUCAAACGCUGCCAGAAAAUAACUGAAGAAGAUUAUCUAUGCGAGAGUCACACAGUCUAUUCAACGUUGGAAAAUCCAUCAUGUGAAUCUGCACUAUUGACAACUCUGGCCGGAAAAAUUCCAAAUUCAUGUAAAACUUCAAAACUCCAUGGAACAAUAUACAUUUGGCACGAGCUGAAAUUCAAUCAAUGGCUUUUUGCAAUGAGCGAAAGAGACAGAUUGACUAUCAUAUGCAAAGAGAGGACUUAUGAUGAACCAGUCAGUGGUACGGGAAUCCUAACAUUAAACGAAAAAUGCACAGGAUACAGCAAAUUGAACAAACUCAGUCCGUCAUACAAACUCACUACUGAAUACAUUAAUAUAAUCCCCAGCUUUCCGAUAAUUGAUGAUUGCUGCGAGGAUAAAGUCAAUGAGACAAUACCACCAAUUCAUUUGAACCAAAUUCAUGUGUCAAAUAUCAGACUCGAUGAGUUACGUCAUACUACUCACCAACUAAACAAAUUCGAAAAGGAUCUACACGAUUUGAAAGAUAAACAUUUCCAUCACUCGACAAAAACCAAUUACCUUUUCACGAUCUUACAAGUAAUCAUUGGACUAAUCGUGCUUGUCACACUCUACAAAAUAUUACAAUGCAUUGGCUGCUUCACGUUAAUAGGCGCAUGCUGUCGAGGUCUCAAUUUCACUAAAUCAUGUACAAAAGAAUCCGGAUGUUGCGUAUCUAUCUAUAACAGCUGCACGAACACAGUUCCUGAACACCCCAUUCGCACACAACCACAAGUAAACUCAAUGCGACUCAGCGAACUUCAAAGAGUUAAUUCCGCUUCAUUAUAUGACUUACCGAUGAAUGUUGUAUCAACGCCCCCGCCGGUUAAUGAUCGUCGAGGAUAUCGUAUACGUAAAUCAUACCAUGGUUACUCACUGGACGACUAAUCAUCUGGAUGUGUCCAAGACCACCGUCACACUCAAAAGUGAAACUAAUACAUUCGAAAUUCUUGCCAAAUCACAAAUUCUUUUGAAAACUCAAUUUAUACACGUAAAUCGAUAACAAAGCCGAAUUCAAAUAUUACAUAAUUAUUAUCCUUAAGCCAGGAAAA